AUGAUCGAGUAUGACAAGGGCGGCCUGGGCCUUUGGCUGCUGCUGCAGAUUGCGGGCACCACCUGGCCCAGCGCGGUGCCACCGGCGCUCCUGGCCUCAGGAAUCAGCCUUGUCAUGGGCCUCUACGAGGACGUGGACCUCGUGACCCGCGACCGAGACCUUUUCUUAGGCCACCCCUAUGCCUUCCAGCUCUUCGCAGUGGUUGUGGGCAGCCUUCUGAUCUUCAAGACCAAUUCUGCGUACCAGAGAUAUUGGGAGGCUGCUGGGGCUUUGCAGAACAUGGCCAGCAAGUGGCUGGACGGUGUGUGCAUGGCCGUGUCCUUUGACGCUUCAGGUGAUGCCGGACACCCGUACCUCGAGGGAGCCUGCUCGGAGAGGAGUACAGAGCCUCACGCGAAGACCGGCAGUAAGGGCGGGCCAAACCACAACAGCUACGUCGCCGACCUGAUUCACCUUUGCAGCCUGCUGCAUGCACUUGCACUGCAGCAUCUCCGAAAGGACCAGGAUUUGGACAAUUUGGUGACAGCCAGCGAGCGCAUUCGCGCCCCGGCCUUGCAGAAAAGCCAGUCCAUGAUUUCGGAGUGGUCGAUCUUCUCUCCAGAGCACAUUUCGGAGUCGCACAGGGCGGCGAAACUUCCCGUGAUCGGUGGUCUGGAGCUCGAGGAAAGGGAAGCUCUUGGAGCGGAUACCGUCGGACGGCCGCUGCCCACCGAUGCUCGCAUCGCCAUGGUGGAGGGCUGGUUCAUGCGCCGGAUGAUUGCGAGACAAAAGUACGAGCAAGGCGAUACCUCGGCGACUGCGCCGCCCAUUUUAAGUCGACUUUACCAGGUCAUUUCGGAUGGCACCUUAUGGUACAGCACCUCAGCCAAGAGCGCAGAUAUUCCCUUUCCAUUUCCGUACCAGAACUUUGUCGAGGUGAUGGUGUGGCUCUUCUCCUUCUUGGCACCAGUGGUCAUCAACGGCAUGGUGUUCGACCAAGUGGCCAGGACCGUGGGUACCUUUUGCGUGGUGCUCACCUACCAUGCGAUCAAGAACACUGGAGAUGUUCUGGAGGAUCCUUAUCUUCCCUACGAUCCCAAUGACUUACCUCUGGUGAAUCUGCAGCGCUCGCUGAAUCAGCGACUCCUCUCUUUGGGGGUUGUGCCCAGCGCACCAGGUCCAUCAUCGUGUCCAUCACCAAAGCUGGAUAGUUUGGAGGCCGUGGACGUGGUGCUGGCGGCAGAAAUGAGGGAGCCAGUCCAGGUAUCGAAGAAAGUCCAGGCACCAAAGACGCACAAGGCCAACUCGAGCAAUUCGGUUUCUGCCUGCCUGGGCUGCAUACCCGUCACCUUUGGCUUUGCUCAUCUUCAAGCUGCCAACUUCAAGUGA